UCCAAACCCUAAAACGAUUAGGGUUUCAUAUACAUCAUCUUCCUUCCUUCAUUCAUUCCUCUCACUAGUAUCAGGCGCAGCAGAAAUGGCCAAGUCGAAGAAUCACACCGCUCACAACCAGUCACGCAAGGCUCACAGGAACGGUAUCAAGAAGCCAAAGAGCCAUCGCAAUGCUUCAACCAAAGGGAUGGAUCCUAAGUUCCUGAGAAACCAGAGGUACGCUAGGAAGCAUAAUGUUAAGAGCGGAGAAGUUGCCUCGGCGGAAGAGUAAAUUACAUUUACUAUUCAAGCAUGAGCUGAAUCAGUUAUCAUCUUUUGUUGAACGUUAGCAUGUUUCUGUUUUUGAGAUUAUUUUCUAUGAAAUUUGGAUACUUGUUAUUGGAUUUUAAUUUUAAUAGUUUUGUUUCUUGAUAAAUUUGCAAUUUGAAUCAGGUUUUUGUG